AUGAAAAUAGUUUCCUCAUGGAUUGAAAGUUGCGAGAAGGCUCAGCAUAUUCCUGGCGCCGGCAGCUUCAUCCCGAGCAGGCUAUUGUAUGUUGGAGAUAUAGAGUUUAGUCGCGUCCGGCUGCUAUGUGACUUGGGAGGCCAGAUGAAACCAGUGAAGUAUGCCGCCCUUUCUCAUCGAUGGGGUCAGCCCGAGCAGAAGCAACCAGAAUACGUGACUGCUGCUGUUACGACAUUUGAUAACCUCAGCAUGAUCGCAUCUCCUGAAGGGUUAGAUCAGUCAGAGCUUCCAAGGACGUUCCAAGACGCCAUUUCGGUGACAAGAAAGCUAAAUUUGAACUACCUGUGGAUAGACUCCCUGUGCAUCCUGCAGAGAACGGGAAAGGACAGGGAUGCUGAAUCCAGCGCAGACUGGGAGAAAGAGUCAAAACUGAUGGAGCAGAUCUUCCACUCUGCUUAUAUUACCAUUGCUGCUAGUUGCGCUGAGCAUAGGUUCGACGGCUUCCUUAAGCCACGGGCCCCGCGGAAGUUCGCAACGAUGGCUGCCGACGACGGUUCUCUGUUUCAUAUCUGUGAGGUGGUCGAUAAUUUCGAUGCCCAUGUUGAACAAGGAGAACUCAAUAAACGGGCCUGGGUCCUGCAAGAACGCGCUCUCUCGCGCCGAACAAUCUAUUUCACUGACGCCCAAGUAUACUGGGAAUGCGGGCAAGGUAUAAGAUGCGAAACAUUCACGAAGAUGAAGAACCGUAAAGCAUCUUUUCUUGGCGACUCCAACUUUCCACAUUCUGCCGAGGCUUACAAAGAAGGAAGAAAGCUACAACACUACCAAGAUCUUUAUGAAAAAUUCUCCACCUUAGGACUUACCUAUCCCAGCGAUAGACCUCGAGCGAUCUCGGGUCUUGAGACGAGAUUGAUGAGGGCUAUGGACUCAGCGGGCGGCUAUGGCGUGUUUGAGUCGCACUUCCACCGGGGAUUACUAUGGCAUCGCGAACUAUCGACACCCAGACUUGAAAGAAUUGAACUAAAAUCUGACGAUAAGGUCCCAUCCUGGUCGUGGGUCGCCUUUAGCGGAGAGAUACGUUAUAUGAACGUGCCGCUGGGAAAAUUCGAAAAGAAUGAUAGGAUCAAGUCACCGUUCCACGUCGAUAAACCCACUACUGCAAUUGCAUCAGAGAGCGAAGCUAGAUCAAGUGAGAUCAAAGCACCCUUGCGCACCUUGACUGAAAACCAUCAGGGCUGGCUGAUUCUGGACGAUCCAAACCGGACACUAGAGAAGCCGCUUCACUGUGUUGUUGUCGGGAAAAACCAUCAACAGCAGCAUGGAAAACAGGCACAUUAUGUUUUGCUCGUUCAAGCAAACCGCGAACUUGAAGCGUACGAGAGAGUGGGAGUUGCGUAUCUGAGUGCCGAAGGGCUGGAGCCAGCCAUCGAUUCUUGGAUUGUGAGAAUUUGGUAA